AGCAUAAUAUCCACUUAUUUACAGUGUGUGGACCGAAUGCCAAAAAAACACCGCUUUAUGGCUCCUCAAAACACACACCUCUUUUUUCUCCACUAAACUACAACACUUAUUACACUCUUUUGGCUGGCGGUGAACGCUACAAAGGCGGUCGCAUUUCUUGGUUAUUCUUCACCCCCAAUCAUCAAAAAGCAUUCAUGAGUAGAAUUGUGGACCUCCAUGAUGACAUUGCUGAGCAUUUGGUUGAGUUUUUUCCAAAUGAUGAUGGUCUGAGUUAUGAAGAGGUUCUCUUGCAACAGGCAAGCAUGUACCAGUCCUUUCAAGAACGUGCCCGAAACAACAAUAAGGGUAGGUAUGAUGAUGAUGAUGACAUCAGCAAUUGGGGUCAUCUUUUAGUGGAUGAAGGUGAAUCUUCAAGGAAUGGUGAUGUCAUGACACAAGAAGCCAUAGAUGAAGCUUUGGCUCGAUCAUUGGAGGAAUUAGGGGAGGGAUUCGAUGAUCUGCUAGUAUCUGAACUCAGUGGCAAUGGUAGUGCAGAAAGUCGUGUAGAAGCACCCACACGGGCACAAGCUGCAAGCCAAUCAAGGCAAGACUUCAUUGAUCCUGAUAGUAUGCAAUAUGAGGAGUUGUUACAAUUAGCAGAAUCCGUUGGCAUAGAAAACAGAGGAAUAUCAGCAAAGCGUAUCUCACAGUUACCAACUUCAAAGUACCGGUCUGGAUUGUUCUCAAAGAACAAGAAGGAAGAAAACUGUGUGAUAUGUCAAAUGGAUUUUAGCUACGGUGAUCGGUUGAUCACAUUGCCAUGUUUGCACCAAUAUCAUACAAAAUGCAUCACUGACUGGUUGAAGCUCAAGAAGAAUUGUCCUAUCUGUCAAAAAGAGGUGGUUUGAGCCUUCAAGGAAGCUUUUCAUGGAAAAGAUGCAUCAAUACUCUGCUUGCUUUAUAUAUACAUAUGUUAUUUACAUGGACCCUGAUGAUGAGUUUCUUUGAAUUUUUGUUACUAUGUGAUUUUUAUUUAAGCUAGUAAACAACAUCGCGCUUUGCUAUGGGCCGAGAAAACUGAAUUUACAGUAAUUAAACCCUCAUGAAAGCUUAAAUAUCGAACAUUCUGCUGGCAA